ACACAAAAUACAAUAAAUUUGGUAAAGGGUUGUGGCACUUUAAAGUGAAGAAAACUCCACCUGAAACUAGAAGGGGAAAGUGCUCCUAAUAUUAGAUUAGACCCUCUACCAUGCUCCUCUGCCACUGCCACUGAACCUCCCAGGAGAAAUGGCAAUGGAGAAGACGGUGUUUGUUUUGGUGAAUCUGCUGGUGUUCAGUGCCUCUCUUGUGUCCACAGAGCAGAGUCAUGUCUCAGCUGUAGGGGACCCGGGAAUGCAGAGAGAUGGUCUGAGGGUGGCCUUCGAAGCUUGGAACUUCUGCAAUGAAGUUGGUCAAGAAGCUCCUCAUAUGGGUAGCCCAAGAGCUGCUGACUGUUUUGAUCUUUCAGGUUCUCUGACUCACAAGGUCUCAGAAGCUGAUAACAAACUUGGGGUGGGGGACUCAUUUCCUGGUAUAAAACAAGAGCAUAUCAAUAAUACAGACCUUUAUGCGGUUGAAAAGGAAGUGUAUUUGGGUUCUUUAUGUGAAGUUUCAGACACCCCAAGGCCUUGGCAAUUUUGGAUGGUAAUGCUGAAGAAUGGAAACUAUGACACCAGGUCUGGGUUAUGUCCCAAGGACGGGAAAAAGGUACCCCCUUUUAGUCCGGGGCGGUUUCCCUGUUUUGGACAAGGGUGCAUGAAUCAACCCAUCUUGUGUCAUCAGCAGACACAGCUCAAAGAUGGCACAAUGCUAGGGGGAUUCAGUGGUACUUAUGAUUUGGAUUCUGAUUGUGGGGGUGAACACGAUGGUGUCUCUUACUAUGAGGUAGUUUGGGAGAAGAAAGUUAAUGUUGGGAGCUGGAUGUUCAAACACAAGCUAAAGACCUCAAAGAAAUACCCUUGGCUGAUGUUGUACCUUAGAGCUGAUGCAACCAAAGGAUUCUCUGGAGGUUACCAUUAUGACACAAGGGGAAUGCUAAAAACUCUUCCAGAGUCACCAAAUUUCAAGGUCAAGUUGAGUUUGGAUAUCAAGAACGGGGGAGGAUCCAAGAGCCAGUUCUACCUUCUAGACAUUGGAAGCUGCUGGAAGAACAAUGGUGCUCCUUGCGAUGGCGAUGUUCUCACUGAUGUCACUAGAUAUAGUGAGAUGAUCAUCAACCCUGAAACCCCAGCUUGGUGCAGCCCCAAAGGUUUGGUCAACUGCCCCCCAUUUCACAUCACCCCAGACAACAAAAAAAUCCUUAGAAAUGACACAGACAAUUUCCCCUACUCUGCUUAUCACUACUACUGUGCUCCUGGGAAUGCACAACACUUGGAGCAACCAGUAAGUACUUGUGACCCUUACAGCAACCCUCAGGCACAAGAGAUAGUUCAGUUGUUGCCUCACCCUAUAUGGGGUCAAUAUGGCUAUCCCACCAAAAAAGGUGAUGGUUGGGUGGGGGAUGCAAGGACUUGGGAGCUUGAUGUUGGAGGACUAUCUAGUAGACUCUACUUUUAUCAGGACCCAGGCACUCCUCCUGCCAAAAGAAUAUGGACAUCUGUUGACACUGGUACUGAGAUAUUUGUUAGUGAUAAUGAUGAAGUAGCAGAGUGGACUCUCAGUGACUUUGAUGUCAUUCUAACACAACGAGGGACCAACUUGCUGGAUAAGGAUGAGAGGAAGUAGUAGUAAGGGAUAUUGACAGUGAGCUAACCUUUUGGGAUUUUAGAUAGCCCACGAAGUGUAGGUUUCUAAACCCUAAGGGUGCUAGAGCUUACAGAGAUUUAUAGAGGAAAAAAAAAUCUCGUGUCAAAAAAAUCUUGGCUUGGAGAUUGUAAACCAAGUUACACCCACAAAAUAACAUGUUUGGCAAACUCAUGGUUCAGUUGCAUCUUAAUAUAUUUUGAAUCCCAAGUAUUAGGAUUUUAGAUUGUCCAGUGUAUUUGUAGAUCCUAGUGGUGCUAGAGGUUACAGACAUUUACAUGAAAAUAAAUCUCAUUGGUCAAAUCCAGAUCACAGGAUCAAGAGCUGUGCAUUUUUGGA